AUGGGUUACAUGGGCCACAGGCACAACGGGGCUCUCUACGAUACUGAAGUUGUGUCUAUCCUUAAUGGCUUCCUGCAGAACUUCCCAAUGCUUCUGGCUGUCGACGAACUGGAUUCAACUAUAUUGUUGCCGUUCACCGACCAGAUAUCGGCGGGACAGACGGAAAGGUCGUGGGGUGCAGUUUUGCAGCACAAACUGUUUGGGGGAAGGCUUCAGCUGAGACGUUUACAUGAGUUUAACCCUUGGACAUUAGGCGUUUCACGCCCGGGUGAACCGUUCCAACCCUUCGCAGUUGAUUGGCAGCGCAGAGUACUGGACUACGGACGAGAAACAGUUGGAUCUUCAGCUUCAUCAUCCGCCGCUGAUAGUAGCAUAUGCGAUACGCUGGAUCCCCUGACGCCAUAUAUCGGAGUGGUUAGUUCCGAACAUAUCAUGGCGAUGGCGUAUGGCACUCCUGGUCGCAUUAUCAAUUUAUACAUGCCACCCCAGGAGCUGAGCUUCUCUAUUUACGAAGAAGCUCGCAAACGAAUGUCGACGGGGGGAGGGGGGGUAAUUGAGCGUCAAAAUCAUGCGGCUAGACUUUGCUUCUCUUUCUCUGACCACCACUUAUCAGAACAUAAAUUCGACGCAUUCAUCUUGCAUGGCUUUUCCAGCGUAAUCAGGGGUCUUCCACCAGGUUCAAUAUUGGUUGCACAUAAUAAUUGA